CUGCGGAUACGUGGAGUGGAAUCGUCAGUCUUGCCUCUAGGCUAUUAUGAGCUUUCUGAAGUCAGGGAUCCAAAGGCAGCUCUUGGAUUGGCUCUCUCUAUAUUGCACAUCGUCGGCAGCAGACCUGGACUGAGACACUUCCUAACAUUUUGCGUUUGUUUCUGGCAGCCUGACUUCGAUUAUGGCUACUGAAGGCAAUCAGGUUCCCUUGCGUCAGAAGCCGAGGAAGAAAACUCAAGGUUUUUUCACCAUGAGUCGGAGGAGGAUAUCGUGUAAAGAUCUGGGCCACGCUGACUGCCAGGGUUGGCUGUACAAGAAAAAGGAAAAGGGAACUUUCCUGAGCAACAAAUGGAAAAAGUUCUGGGUGGUGCUGAAGGGGUCAUCGCUGUACUGGUACAGCAAUCAAAUGGCAGAGAAAGCUGACGGAUUUGUCAACCUGCCAGAUUUCACAGUGGAAAGAGCCUCCGAAUGCAAGAAAAAACAUGCAUUCAAGAUCAACCACCCACAGAUCAAAGCCUUCUACUUUGCAGCAGAGAAUUUGCAGGAAAUGAACAUGUGGUUAAACAAACUUGGAUUUGCAGUCAUCCACCAGGAGUCCACUACAAAGGAUGAAGAAUGUUACAGUGAGAGUGAGCAGGAAGACCCUGAAGUAGCCUCGGAGACACCUCCCCCUCCAUAUGCUUCCGCAACUUCCUCUCCUGUGGUACGCGUAGAUGCUGCACGGAGGGCGUCGUCUUCCUCCCCUAAACUGAGGGACUCAUCGUGCUCUUUCUCCUCCCUGGAAAGUGCAGUAAAGGCACCCCGCCCGUUUUCUUCCUCGGGAUCUAAGGAAAGACAGUCCUGGCUCGACAUAGUUAACAGUGCGCCUGCUGCUGAAGAUGUGGGGCACCCCCUGGCACUUACUGUACAGGUCCAUACACCUGCAUCCUCAGAGGCAAGCAAUUGCCCGGUCCCAGAAAACAGCUCCAUCACUUCAGAAAGUGGAUUUUUGAACUCUUUAUCUAGCGAUGACACUUCUUCAUUGAGCAACAAUCAAGACCACCUGACAGUUCCAGACAGAGCUGCUGGACCAAGGACGGUGGACAGAGAAGAAAUGAAAGUGUCUGAAGAUGAUGAGAUGGAGAAACUCUACAAAUCAUUGGAGCAAGCUAGUUUGUCUCCUCUCGGGGACCGUCGACCUUCAACCAAGAAGGAAUUGAGAAAGUCUUUUGUGAAGCGGUGCAAAAACCCAUCCAUCAAUGAGAAGCUUCACAAGAUCAGAACCUUGAAUAGCACAUUAAAGUGCAAAGAACAUGAUCUGGCCAUGAUCAACCAGCUGCUGGAUGACCCUAAGCUGACAGCCAGGAAGUACAGACAGUGGAAGGUCAUGAACACACUGCUGAUCCAGGACAUCUAUCACCCGCAGCAGGUACCUCAGGACCCUGAAGUCACCACCCAGGAACCCAAGAACCCCAGCUCUUCUGACUGUGUUGAAAAUUCUCUUUGAGCAGAAGCCAGGACUGCUCCCUUCCUUGUGACUGUGACGUUCUACAAGACGCUGCCAGGGCAUGCAUUUUGCUUACAAGGAAACCCCAAACCCAGUUCCUGAGCUUCAUCCCUCCCUGCUAAGGACGAAACCAAGGCCAUGCCAGUUCUGAUGCGAUGGAAGCCCUGGCUUCCAUGUGUUGCAUCCAUCAAUAUUGGAGUUACGGAGUUCAUUUGAGCAUGUGUAUCUUCUGUACUCCCACUAGGAGCAGGUAGGAAUGCUAGGCUCUAGGUGGGAUAUGAAAGGGUAACUCCUCCUUUGCUUUCAAGAGAAUUACCAUCUACCAUAGACAGAAGUCCUGACUUUACUAGGGAUAAUAAUUCAUAGGAACAUUUCCAUUUUGCAAAAGAAACAUAUAGAAUCCCCUUUGGUGGACGGCAGAGUUCUGUAAAACAUUUCAAGUGGAAGCAUUCCUCCUGCAGUAGCUUCUGGAGCUGGACAUGUGUUGGCAAUUGUGGGACACAAGGCUCUCCUUGCCUUUGGUACAGAGAGCGGUGCCUUUUUGACUCGCUGAGCACUUAUUUGAAGAGUUUGGCUUAGUGGAGUGGAAAGUGGGGAGUCCAGGGAGAAGGCAUGCUUUCUGUUCCACUCAGAGGACAUCUUCUUAUGUUCACGCUUUGCCUGGGGUGGGGGAUCCGAUUAAGGUGGCCCUUCCUCACAAUGUCUAGGAGAGACUAUGCACGACAGUUGGAGACCUUUGUCUUCCACACCCAGCCUCUCUGAACAGUGGUAGCAGAUAGUAAUCCCCAUUGCAAGGAAUGGUAUACUGUGUUCAUCCUUGUCAGUGGUGCCUAACCCAGUAUGAAUUUAUAUCCAGUUUUCUCGGGAUCCAAAUUCUCAUGGUUAUUUAUGAAUUGCUCUGAACUUGGAAAAGAACCUAGACCAACAAAACAGUUAAACAGGAUUGUUUUAUUUUUGUACGUUUAAUGUAUCAAAUAGUGUGAAAUGUGAAUAGCUAUCUAUGUUUCUUAUUUAAAUGUAUUUAUAGAAGUCAAAUUAUAGUGUUUUGAAAGACAGUGUACUAUUGUGUUGUUCAAUAUAUAUAUACAUAUAUUCUAGAAGCAUAUCAUUUUUGCUUGAGAAUUAUAGUCAUACUAGUGACUUACUGAAGUUGUGUUGCACUAUAGUAUGUGAGGAAUGCUCAGGAAAUCCCAUGAAAAACCUAUGGGAGCAUGUAUUGAUAAUUAUUCAUUUUCUGAAUGCUUUCCUUCUAUUCCUGACUCUCCCCUCCAGCUCCAGAGCUCUUAAAUUUCAAUGCCUACUAUACAUCAUUUCCUUAACUUGAACCUUAUUUCUACUCACGAAGUUUAAAGUUUAUGACAUUUAUGCUAUAAAUUGUAGACCCAAAGGAACACAUCUCAUGAAAUCUUGGACCAAAUGAAAUAUAAGCAAUAUAAUUCCCAAAUAAUCUCAUAGAGAAACAAUAUAUUAGUCACAAUGAUAUUGUCUCAUAAUAAAAAUAACCAUUAUUUGAGUCAAGUCCAUUUUCUGGGAUAUAAAUAAACUACAAAAAAUAACUGCAAAUUGCUAAGAACCCUUUGCAUGUUGCUGACAUAAACACUCGUUCCGUAGCAUCAAAUGUGGUUUGACAAAUUCAAAGAGAAGUAGCUACCUGAUCUACAUCUACACAGUAAAUGUAAUGUCUUGUAUUUCCCUGUACUUUACCAAGAUGUUUUGUUCACUGAAAUGAAAAGAAAAUAAUCCUUGCCACAAGAAAGGGAAAGUUAACCAAGAAGCAAGAGGAACCAGAAGAUUCUAGUUGAGGGGCCAGGUCUCAAGAUGAGCCGGGAAAGGACACGCUGUCUCCUCCAUCUGGGCAGCACGCAGUUCGAGGGGCUGAUGCCUCAACCUCAGGACCCACAGUGUAAGGAAACACCAAAGGAAGGUGAAUUAGCAUUGGGGCAAAUCUUAGCCCUGGGGAAAAAAAUCUUCAUCCCCUUCUUUAUUUGCGACAUCAAUCUACACGUUUCCGUCACCCUCCUGCCCCACGACGCCCCUGCCCCACGACGCCCCUGCCCCAAACACUUUUUAUCUGGCCUUAUUGCUGUAUUUACGUGUUUUAUUUAGGCUUCUCAUUAAUAUGUGUUCAACUGACCUUCGGAUGUAAAUUCCUUCAGUGACAUUCAGGUCUAAUGGCAACAUUAGUCCAUGAAAUCCCUUGGCCAAUCUGUAGGGUGAUUUUUUUCCAUUUAUUCCCAUCUAUUAAAGACACUAGUUGUUUCUACUCUGAGAAUGUCAGAGCUGGGGAAAGCAGUAUCUUUAAAGAGAUGGAAAACAUUUAUUUUCUUAUGUUUUUUUUCCUUUUGAGCUCUGUUAUGUAAGAUACAAGAGAGUUAGUGGUUAGGAGUGAAUUCCCUUGUUCUCAGUUCUUAAUUACAUCUCACGUGAUUAUAAUGAUGUUUAUUUCCUCAGGGAGACUUCAGAUCAUAUCGUCAUAGAGAUGAAACAAAUUAAAAGAAAAAUAUUUUUAAGUCUUCUGAGGAGAGGCACUCUACCAGUAAAAGCCAUAUUUAAUCUUAUGGACACAGACUUCUUUGUAAAAAAGAAAGACAAUAUUUUGAUAUAGUAAUACAAAUAAUUUAGGUACAGAGAGAGGGUGACUGUCCAAAUGUCACAUUAUGUUGAGGAGCUGCUGUGUCCAAAUGCAGUUUUAGAAUGUAUUUCUGUUUCCAGCAAACAGAAUGGGCUGUAUGAAGGAGAUUUCCAGUUUAUUUCCUUUCAAAUACUUUUUUAUACUCACCCACAAGAGAAAUUCAGUCCUAGAUGUAGGGGGUGACUGCCUGCCUAAGGUUUUGUCACACAUAAUAGUAAAAGCCCCUUUUACUAGAUUUUAUUCCAGUCUCUGUAAAAUGGGCAGGGGAGGGGAUGUUCCAUUCACAGAAAGCCAAGUGUCUCAGCCACACCAUGCCACGUGGAGCACAUUAAAAUGGAUUGUGCAUUAAAAAAAGGUUUUCCAUAUCUCCUGUUGUAAAGAAACUUAAUUGCUUUGUACUGAUGUCUCUUUAGCUUUAGUCCAAAGGGAAGCAUACCCCGGGGAGACAUUUAACAUCCUGUAAUAAAAACCAUGGUUUAUGUCACCACAUGCUCUGAUACCUGCAUGGUGGGGAUGGGGUUCAACAGUGCAUGGUAUCGAGACAAGAUGUUAACGUGGGGUUGAUAUCUUAACUGUCAUUGUGCUUUUGGUCUUUGUCACCUGUCUGUUUUGACUAAACUGAAAACACGAGGCAUGCCUCAUUUCUCCUGUGCCCCGUUCCCUGGAUAACUUGUAAGAUAACGAUAAAAAUGAACUGUCUAGUAAAAUGGUAUGAAAAAAUAA